CCUUCCCUAGAUCAGGGGCCAGGGCCAAAGACCUCCCAGCAGAAGAGGAGAGGAGGUUGUGUAGGACAAGCUGCUCCCGACAGAAGGAUGUCGCUGCUGAGCCUGCCCUGGCUGGGCCUCAGACCGGUGGCAACGUCCCCAUGGCUACUCCUGCUGCUGGUUGUGGGCUCCUGGCUACUCGCCCGUGUCCUGGCUUGGACCUAUGCCUUCUAUAACAACUGCCGUCGGCUCCAGUGUUUCCCACAGCCCCCAAAACGGAACUGGUUUUGGGGUCACCUGGGCCUGAUCACUCCUACAGAGGAGGGCUUGAAGAACUCGACCCAGAUGUCGGCCACCUAUUCCCAGGGCUUUACGAUAUGGCUGGGUCCCAUCAUCCCCUUCAUCGUUUUAUGCCACCCUGACACCAUCCGGUCUAUCACCAAUGCCUCAGCUGCCAUUGCGCCCAAGGAUGAUCUCUCCAUCAGGUUCCUGAAGCCCUGGCUGGGAGAAGGGAUACUGCUGAGUGGCGGUGACAAGUGGAGCCGCCACCGUCGGAUGCUGACGCCCGCCUUCCAUUUCAACAUCCUGAAGUCCUAUAUAACGAUCUUCAACAAGAGUGCAAAUAUCAUGCUUGACAAGUGGCAGCACCUGGCCUCAGAGGGCAGCAGUCAUCUGGACAUGUUUGAGCACAUCAGCCUCAUGACCUUGGACAGUCUGCAGAAAUGCAUCUUCAGCUUUGACAGCCAUUGUCAGGAGAGGCCCAGUGAAUAUAUUGCCACCAUCUUGGAGCUCAGUGCCCUUGUAGAGAAAAGAAGCCAGCAUAUCCUCCAGCACAUGGACUUUCUAUAUUACCUCUCUCACGACGGGCGGCGCUUCCACAGGGCCUGCCGCCUGGUGCACGACUUCACAGAUGCCGUCAUCCGGGAGCGGCGUCGCACCCUCCCCACUCAGGGUAUUGAUGAUUUUCUCAAGGACAAAGCCAAGUCCAAGACUUUGGAUUUCAUUGAUGUGCUUCUGCUGAGCAAGGAUGAAGAUGGGAAGGCGUUGUCAGAUGAGGAUAUAAGAGCAGAGGCUGACACCUUCAUGUUUGGAGGCCAUGACACCACGGCCAGUGGUCUCUCCUGGGUCCUAUACAACCUUGCGAGGCACCCAGAAUACCAGGAGCGCUGCCGACAGGAGGUGCAAGAGCUUCUGAAGGACCGCGAUCCUAAAGAGAUUGAAUGGGACGACCUGGCCCAGCUGCCCUUCCUGACCAUGUGCCUGAAGGAGAGCCUGAGGUUACAUCCCCCAGCUCCCUUCAUCUCCCGACGCUGCACCCAGGACAUUGUUCUCCCAGAUGGCCGAGUCAUCCCCAAAGGCAUUAUCUGCGUCAUCAAUAUUAUAGGGGUUCAUCACAACCCAACUGUGUGGCCGGAUCCUGAGGUCUAUGACCCCUUCCGCUUUGACCCAGAGAACAGCAAGGAGAGGUCACCUCUGGCUUUUAUUCCCUUCUCUGCAGGGCCCAGGAACUGCAUCGGGCAGGCGUUCGCCAUGGCAGAGAUGAAAGUGGUCCUGGCGUUGAUGCUGCUGCACUUCCGGUUCCUGCCAGACCACACGGAGCCCCGCAGGAAGCCGGAACUGAUCAUGCGCGCCGAGGGCGGGCUUUGGCUGCGGGUGGAGCCGCUGAAUGUAGGCUUGCAGUGACUCUCUGACCCAUCCACCUUUUUUUUUUGCAGAUUCGCAUGAAUAAAACGGUGCUGUCACCUCUG